AAAAUUGUUAAGUAGCCCUAAUAAGUCGAGGUGGCAGACUUGGGUACGAGAGACUUCUAUCUCUCUCUCUCUUCUUCUUCUCUCUCUUCUCUCUCUCUCUCUCUCUAAGUGGUGGAGUUUCCUUCUCUCCAAGGAACCCGGAAAUCAACUGGUUCAACUUUUCUACACCAGAAAUUCAACGGAAAACACAAGCUACCCAAUCAUCAAAUAACAAGAGCUAUGCUUGUUACUUAUGGCGCUAGUGGCCUUUGAAUCAGCUUCGAUCAUCGUUGAUUGAUUCCUACUUGGGAUGCGAGAUUAAAUAUUUUAUUUGGGGAAAAGGUGAUUUUUUGUUUUCUUUCUAAAGAGACGAUGGCAGAAGCGCUGAAGCAGCAGUCUGCAAAUUCAUGGAUGCCGACAGCCGAGCAGUCUUCGAGAAUGGCUGAAUUCGAUAAAAACGUGUCUUUGAUGUCUGAAUCUAUGGUGAUUGUUGACGGAAUUGAAUCAUCGGAAAUCUCACAGACUCGGGGCAACCAUUUGGAUGUCUCUUCUGGUGGCAAAUUAGGGUUGCCCGAGCGCGCAUUUUCUGCAGCUGGUGCGGCUUUUCUAUCCGCUAUUUUGGUCAACCCACUCGAUGUGGUUAAGACAAGGUUGCAGGCACAAGCUGCAGGAGUCGCUUACUCUCAUCCAUUGAGUAAUCUAACCAGUCGCAUGGCAUUUUUUGGACCACAUAUGAUGUUUGCUGAUCUGAGAUGUUCGCCCUCGUGUACACGUGCUGGAGUUCAUGGCACAGUAGCAAUUUGCCCGCCUGAUUGUUUCCAUUACAAGGGAACGCUGGAUGUUUUCUACAAAAUUAUUCGACAGGAAGGAUUUACUGCGCUCUGGAGAGGAACAAAUGCUGGCUUAGCACUUGCAAUGCCCACUGUUGGUAUUUACUUGCCUUGCUAUGAUAUUUUCUGCCACCGGUUAGAGGAAUUUACCACAAAGAAUGCUCCAGGGUUAACACCUUAUGCACCUUUAGUCGCUGGUUCGCUGGCACGAUCCUUAGCAUGCACAAGUUGCUAUCCAAUUGAGCUUGCGAGAACACGUAUGCAGGCAUUUAAGCAUGCACACGGCGAUAGAAGGCCAGGAGUCUUGAAGACUUUAAUCGAUGUUAUUUCCCAGGUCAAGAGUACAAGCAACUUCAGUAACAGCACGCCAAGCUAUCGUGCCUUAUGGACAGGCCUGGGAUCUCAGCUUGCACGUGAUGUUCCUUUCUCGGCAAUCUGCUGGUCAACCCUUGAACCGGUAAGGAGGCGGCUCCUAGGUCUGGCUGGAGAUGAAACAAACGCAUUAAGUGUCUUGGGUGCAAAUUUUUCGGCCGGUUUUAUUGCAGGUAGCCUUGCUGCCGCUGCUACAUGUCCACUUGAUGUUGCCAAGACUCGUAAACAAAUCGAGAAAGAUCCUGCGAGGGCAUUGAAGAUGACUACGAGACACACACUCCUUGAAGUUUGGAGGGAUGGAGGGAUGAAGGGCUUGUUUACUGGCGUUGGGCCCCGCGUUGGGCGUGCAGGUCCUUCCGUUGGGAUUGUGAUUUCAUUUUACGAAGUUGUGAAGCAUGUUCUACAUCAUCAGUACGCUAUUUCUUGAUCUGGCGGAGAUAAAUUCUCUCUCGUUCUUCUUCGAUAGAAAGCCACUUUUGCUGACUAGAGCUAACUUAGGUUGCUGUAAAGCACAUUUUGGUGUCGAUAAAUAGGUGUAUAGAUUGCACAGUUUUGAUGGUGUAUUGUGUGCAAUCUUUUCUACAUAUCAGGAAAAUAAUUUCUCUUCUCUUCUCAUUGAAUUUUGUUUUUGAUUCAAGUUUUGAUGAAAUGACUUGAGUCUGUAAUUGAGAAGAGACUUCUUUUUAUUUUAUUUUAUUUUAGUUAUGUAAGUCAUUUUGGCUUAUUAGAAUGUUAUGCACACUUGUGUUUGUGGAUUCUUGUAGACAUACAGCAUGUAUAUGUGCAGUUUUUAUUUUUGAUUUUAUUGAACGCUAGUCUCUAGACUAGCUCACUCACGA